ACACUUUUUUCUUUCCUUUUCAUUCACACUGCAAAUUUGAAAGCAAAAUCUUUGACCAAAAUCAAUACUUCAUCCUUCUAUAUCUUCUUCUCAUCUUUCCCAUUUCCCAAUCCAAAAAUUCUCAGCCAUGGCAACUCACACCCAAAUCCAACGGCGCCAUUAUUCUGUUUCAUUCACUUCCCCUGUUUUCCUCACCUUCCUUCUUCUCUUCUCCAUCGAACCCAUUAACGCCAUAGCCACCGAAGUCGAAGCUCUUUUAAAAUGGAAGCAAAGUCUCCCAAAGCAAUCCCUUCUGGAUUCAUGGGUCGUCGACCCUUCAAACUCAACAUCCUCUGUUUCAAAUCCAUGUCAAUGGCGAGGCAUCUUCUGCAACAAUCAGAGUAGUGUCAUUGAAAUCAAACUCGACAACACUGGCUUAAUAGGUACUCUCGAUCAUUUAAACUUCUCUUCCUUCCCAAAUCUCCUUCGUCUUGAUCUCAAAAUCAACAAUCUCAGUGGUGUAAUUCCACCUUCCAUUGGUGUUCUUUCAAAGCUUCAGUUUCUUGAUCUUUCCACCAACAGUCUUAAUAGUACUCUGCCUCUUUCUCUUGCAAAUCUCACUGAGGUUUUUGAACUUGAUGUUUCUCGUAAUUUCAUUCAUGGGUCUUUAGAUCCUCGUCUUUUUCCUGAUGGGUCUGGAAAUUCAAGAACUGGGUUGAAGAGUUUGAGGAAUCUCUUGCUUCAAGAUACUCUGCUUGAAGGCAGAGUACCUGAAGAAAUUGGGAACGUCAAGUCUUUGAAUUUGAUUGCUUUCGAUAGAAGCCAAUUUUCUGGUCCAAUUCCUCAAUCUGUAGGGAAUUUGAGUAAUUUAAACGUUCUUCGUCUUAAUGACAAUCAUUUUUCUGGAGAGAUUCCUCAAAGUAUUGCAAAUUUGAAGAACUUGACUGAUUUGCGUUUGUUCAUUAACGAGUUAUCAGGGGAAGUGCCACAAAAUUUAGGGAAUAUGUCGUCUUUAGUUGUUCUUCAUCUUGCUGAAAACAAUUUCGUUGGUACUUUACCUCCUAAUAUUUGUAAAGGAGGAAAACUUGUUAACUUUUCUGCUGCAUUCAAUAGUUUUUCCGGUCCAAUCCCCAUAAGUUUCAAGAAUUGUUCGAGUUUAUACCGUGUUUUGAUUCAAAGCAACAACAUUACCGGAUCGUUGGACCAAGAUUUCGGAGUGUAUCCCGACCUUAAUUACAUUGAUUUAAGCAACAAUCAGUUUGGAGGAAGUCUUUCUCCUCAAUGGGGAGAAUGCAAAAACUUGACCCUUUUGAGAAUAACAGGAAACAAAGUAAGUGGUGAAAUCCCAAAUGAGUUAACUCAGUUGGAGAAUUUGGUAGAGCUCGAACUCUCUUCGAAUAAUCUCUCUGGAUCGAUACCGAAAAGUAUCGGGAAUUUGUCGAAACUAUCGGUACUCAGGCUACGGAACAAUCGACUAUCUGGGUCGAUCCCGGUUGAGCUUGGAAGCAUUGAGGAUUUAGCAGAACUUGACCUCUCCAUGAAUAUGUUGAGUGGAUCAAUUCCUUCACAAAUAGGUAACAAUGUGAAGCUGCAAUAUUUAAGUUUGAGUAUGAACCAAUUGAAUGGUUCAAUCCCAUUUCGAAUAGGAAGUCUUGUAACACUGCAAGAUUUAUUAGAUCUAAGCCACAAUUCAUUAAGUGGAGAAAUUCCUUCCCUUUUGGGGAAUCUUCAAAGUUUAGAGAAUUUGAACUUGUCUCAUAACAAUCUCUCUGGAUCCAUACCAAAUUCUUUAGGCAAAAUGUUGAGCUUGGUUUCUAUAAAUCUUUCUAAUAACAAUCUUGAAGGUCCUCUUCCUAAUGAAGGCAUCUUUAAAACAGCAAAAUUCGAGGCUUUUAGUAACAACACAGGAUUAUGUGGAAAUAUGAAUGGUCUCCCACAGUGCACUAGUGUUGUGAAUACACAAGAUGAUAAAGAAAGUAGCAAGAACAAGCUUGUGAAGGUUCUUGUACCAGCUUUAGUGGGAGCAUUUUUAGUAUCUGUUGUUAUAUUUGGAGUUGUUUUUUGUAUGUUCAGAAAGAAAACGAGCCAAGAUCCAGAAGGGAAUACAACAAUAGUGAGGGAGAAAGUGUUUUCGAACAUUUGGUACUUCAAUGGUAGAAUUGUGUAUUCCGAUAUAAUUGAAGCGACGAAUGAGUUUGACGACGAAUUUUGCAUCGGGGAAGGAGGAUCAGGGAAAGUUUAUAGAGUGGAAAUGCCUGGAGGUGAGGUUUUUGCAGUGAAGAAGCUUCAUUCAUGGGAUGAUGAAAUUGGGUCGAAGAAUCAGAAGAGUUUUGAGAAUGAAGUUGCUGCAUUGACUGAAGUAAGGCAUAGGAACAUUGUCAGGCUGUAUGGAUUCUGUUCAAGAGGAAUUCAUACAUUUCUAGUUUAUGAUUAUAUUGAAAGAGGAAGUUUAGCUCAAGUGUUGAGAUUCGAAAAGGAAGCGAAGGCAUUCGAGUGGUCGAAGCGCGUCAAUGUCGUAAAAGGCAUUGCACAAGCACUAUCUUAUCUUCAUCAUGAUCGUAAGCCCAUGAUUGUACAUCGGGACGUAACCGCCAACAAUGUCCUGUUGGACUCCGAGUUUGAAGCUCAUCUUGCAGACUUUGGUACCGCAAGGUUCUUGAAGCCAAACAUGCGUUGGACCGCAGUUGCAGGCACUCAUGGCUAUGUUGCCCCAGAGCUUGCAUAUACAAUGGUAGCAACGGAGAAAUGUGACGUUUAUAGUUUUGGUGUUGUGGCAUUUGAAGUUUUGAUGGGAAAGCAUCCUGGAGACUUAAUUUUAUCGUUGCAUACGAUAUCUGAUUACAAGAUUGAACUCAACGACAUCUUAGAUUCUCGUCUUGAUCUUCCUAAAGACGAGAAAAUAGUCAGUGACUUGACUUUGGUAAUGGAUUUAGCCAUGUCUUGCUCCCACAAAGAUCCUCAGUCAAGACCAACUAUGAGAAAUGUAUGCCAAUUGCUUGAAAUGCAAAAUGAAAAUAGUUAGGAAUAGUUUUAUGAUCAAAGAACUUUGUUUUUCUAUUUUAUAGCAUACAUUAUAUAUAUAUAUAUAUAUAUAUAUAUAUAUAUAUAUAUAUAUAUAUAUAUAUAUAUAUAUAUAUAUAUAUAUAUAUAUAUAUAUAUAGUAUCGUGAACUUGUAAUUGUUAUAAUUUAGUGAAAAAGAAUGUAAUUCUUUGUUUGUACUA